CUAUUCCUAUUCCUUCAUCUUAUAAACAGGCCAUGGAGAAUGAUUGUUGGCAGAAAGCUAUUGAAACAGAACUCCUUGCCCUGGAAGAAAAUCAAACUUGGGAUAUAGUGCCAUGUCCCUCAUCGGUUAAACCUUUAGGCAGCAAGUUUGUGUUCUCCAUAAAGAUGCGUUCAGAUGGAUCCAUAGAUCGAUACAAGGCUCGUUUAGUUGUGCUUGGAAAUAAGCAAGAGUAUGGACUUGACUAUGAGGAGACGUUUGCUCCGGUUGCCAAGAUGACAACCGUACGCACUAUUCUUGCUAUUGUUGCGUCACAAGCUUGGCCACUACAUCAAAUGGAUGUUAAAAAUGCAUUCCUCCACGGUGAUCUUUAGGAGGAAGUUUACAUCAAACUUCCUAAUGGUAUGCCUACACCUUCACCUAAUACUGUUUGCAAACUAAAACGCUCUUUAUAUGGAUUGAAACAGGCACCAAGAGUUUGGUUUGAAAAGUUUCGAUCGACACUACUUGGUUUUGAAUUCAAUCAAAGUCAGUAUGAUCCAUCUCUUUUCCUACAAAGGACUCCUAGAGGCAUAAUGGUGCUUCUUGUUUGUGUGGAUGACAUUGUCGUGACAGGUUCUGAUCAAGAUGUUAUUUCUAGAAUCAAACACUUGUUGCAUUCAACUUUUAAAAUGAAAGAGUUAGGCUAUCUCACUUAUUUCUUGGGUUUGGAGGUGCAUUAUCAUCAUGAUGGUGUUUUUCUAAAUCAACAAAAGUAUAUUCAAGACUUGGUCCAACUAGCUGGACUCACAAAUGCAACCCCUGUAGACACUCACAUGGAAGUUAAUGUUAAAUAUAGAAGAGAUGAAGGUGACCUUCUUGAUGAUCCCACUCAAUAUCGCAAAUUGGUAGGAAGUCUUAUCUAUGUAACUAUCACUCGCCCAGAUAUUUCUUUCGAUGUACACACAGUUAGUAAGUUCAUGCAAGCUCCACGACAUUUCCAUCUUUCAGUAGUACAACGAAUCAUUAGAUACCUCCUUGGCACCCCAAAGCGUGGUUUAUUUUUUCCUGUUGAUUCAUCAAUCAAACUCCAAGCAUAUAGUGAUGCUGAUUGGGCUGGAUGUCCAGAUACAAGAAAAUCUACUACUGGCUGGUGUAUGUUCCUAGGGAAUGCUCCUAUUUCAUGGAAAUGUAAGAAACAAGAUCCAGUCUCAAAGUCGUCCACUGAAGCAGAAUAUCGCGCAAUGUUUGCCGCUUGUUCUGAAAUAAUAUGGUUGCGUGGUCUUCUUACUGAGCUUGGAUUCUCUCAACAACAACCAACUCCUCUUCAUGCUGACAAUACCAGUGCCAUUCAGAUUGCAGCAAAUCCAGUUUACCAUGAGCGGACGAAACACAUUGAAGUUGAUUGUCACUCUAUUCGGGAAGCCCAUGAUAGAAGAGUCAUCAACCUACCACAUGUCUCAACAUCUGUUCAAAUAGCUGACAUUUUCACUAAAACCUUGACACGUCAACAACACAAUUUUCUGCUUGGCAAAUUGAUGCUCGUAGAUUUACCAGCAUCAAUUUGA